AUGAUGAUCGUUAAUCAGAAUAUAUUUGCAUUAGUUGAAAUUGCCUUCGAAGGUACUAAUUUUGUAGUGCUUCAGGGAUGGAAAGUAUGGCUUGCUACCUUAGCACUUGACAUUGCCUGGUUAUUGGAUCGUAGCAUGUUUAAUUUCAUUCAAUAUGGUUUAUUGUCUGUGGUAUCUGAGACAGUUAAGGUAGAUAGAUAUGGUGUGCAAUUCUGGUUAAAG